UGCCGCAGGAGCGACCAGUUUGUCGAUGCCGGGGAUAUGGCAGGCGCCGCCAAGCCUGGCAACGGGUUCUUUGUGUCUCCUGCAGACGAGGAGGCACGGUUAGAGCGUACCAGACGGAAACUGCUGAUGCUGCAUAUGGUGCAUCUGGUCGCGGUCGAGUUUGGCGCCAGCAUGCGGCCGGCAGUGUUUGUACCUGUCGUGGAACGGGCCACGCAGGACAAGGCAUUUGAGGUGCGGCGUGACGCGGCGGCUGUGCUGGGCUCGCUGGCCAAAGCAGUGUCGGUGGACCUGGCGCUAGAUGUUCUGUUCCAGUGCUUCCUGAACCUUUCGCAGGACCCUAUUUGGCAAGUCAGGCAGAGUGCAGCCCGCCAUGCGCUUCCUGGCCUGGCGCUUGUGUUGGCGGUUAGAAGCGAGCGCAGCACAGGGGUCGCUGCGAGGAAGGCAGAGCACCAGCGCAAACACUCGCUGCAGUGGUUCGCCAAGUCGCCACCAAUGGCCCCUACAAGUAGCACCGGACAGGCCGACAUGUCGCUCGCCAUCAUACCGCCGCUGGACAACCGCCAACCGUCGGAUCCCAUCGCAGGAAUUCAUGUUUAAGAACACGCCAGCGCGCUCGGUUCCCGACAAGCAAUGGCUGCAGCUGGUAGAUCGACUCGCGGGCCCGCGCGAGCCCUCGCACCAUGUCCGUGCAGCGGUGUUUGAGUCGAUAGGGAAGCUGGCGCUGGCGCUGGUUGAUUGUCCUCGCACACGCGAUGCGCUGGUGACACUGGCAGUCAACGAUGUGCAGCGAGUCAGCGGCGACCAGGGCUCGGGAAAGUUUGGGCUUUUUGGCUCGCACCAUAGCCUACAGGAUCUUGAUGACGAAGACGAGGAGCUUGACGAGGAGACGGCAGCAGCUGAGGAGGAGAGCAUGGUCAUGUCGCGGGCGCUAGGCGAAAUCCACGGGUCGCCGUCAAUGCGAAACCGAGGCAGCGGCUCAAUCGGCCGCGGGGCCAGUCUGGUUGGUGGGCCUCAGACAGCAGUCAAUGGGCGGGUGGCCAAGUUCCGCGCGCAGCGAGCUGUCACCAAGGACGUCAUUUACCAGUGUGCCUACAACCUCCCGGCCCUUCUGGCAGCUCUGGGCCCGCAGGGCUGGGACCGUCUGCGCGACGUGUAUAUGCAGCUGAGCAAGGCUGAGCACUAUGAGGCACGGCGCUCACUGGCGUGCUCGCUGCAUGAGGUGGCCAGAAUCCUGGCUGCUGAGUCGCAACCCUCGACAUCAGCACCGUCGGAUCAGCAGCAGCCGCCUGCCGCCGCAACAUCAGCAUCAGCCGGCAUUCAGCGCCGACCUGGAAAGCGUGCUGUGUUUGUUUUUGAUCGACGGCACCGAGAUAAAAGAUGGGAGCACUGGCGCAUCUGGGCGACACGCUUACCUGGCUCACGCCGACCAGCCGCAUCCGAUGCCUUCCGAUGAUCAUGCAGGUAUUCAAGCACGACGGCAAGCAGUGGCGGACACGCGAGCUGAUGGCAACGCAGCUGGUCAAGCUGUGCCAUCUGUUCCCGGCCUCGGUCGUCGUCGGCAGCCUGCUGCCACAGGCCGUCGAGUGGGCCCACGACCCGGUAGCCGGUGUGCGCGCAGCAGUGGCCCCAGCAUUCCCUAUCAUGUUUGAGCUGACCAAGCUGGAUCCAACCACGCAGGUCAAGUUCUUCGAGACUGUCAUUUCCUUCUCGCAUGCCAGCACGUUCCGCGGCCGUCUGUUCUUUAUUGAGAUUUGCUUCGGCUCUGCUGGCCCACGACCAGGAUCCGAAUGCCGACCC